GAAGAAGAUGGAUGACGAAACUCAGAUUUCAGCCAUGAAAGAUGAUUACGAGGUCAAAGAAAAGAAGCAAGCUGCUGCAGAUGUCCUGUUUCAAUACUCAAACUUUGUUAUGGCCUGCAUUGGUAAUCAAGUUCGGCCUUGUGAUCUGAGACUACAUUUGAUGAAAGAGGUCUCAGGAUUACCAACUUCAUUGAAGCAGGAGCGACGUGCAGCAUCCUCUCCCGUUGCAAUGGGAGAGAUUUCGAGCUCAGGCACUUCGAGACUUGAAACAGACAACUUUAAAGGUAUCUAGACGCGGAAACUGCAACACUAUCGUUGUUUUUAUUAGUUCAGUUUCUUUUAAAAUACGAGUUUCAACAAUCAUUUGAUCUAAUGGAGGUGUAAAUUGUACGAUUCAUGUCAUG